GGGACGCGGCUGCUCCAGGCCGGGCGCUACAUCAUGUCCCACAAGGCCUGGAUGAAGACGGUGCCCACGGAGAACUGCGACGUGCUCAUGACCUUCCCAGACACCACCGACGACCACACGCUGCUCUGGCUCCUGAACCACAUCCGCCUCGGCAUCCCCGAGCUCAUCGUCCAGGUCCGGCACCACAAGCACACCCGUGUCUACGCCUUCUUUGUCACCGCCACCUACGAGAGUUUGCUGCGUGGGGCCGAUGAGAUCGGGCUGCGAAAGCCAGUGAAAGCCGAAUUUGGCGGGGGCAUGCGGAGCUUCUCCUGCGAGGAGGAUUACAUCUACGAGAACAUCGAGAACGAGUUUUACUUCUUCACCUCUCAGGAACGGCAAAACAUCAUCAGAUACUGGCUGGAGAACCUGCGCGCCAAGCAGGGCGAGUCGCUGCACAACAUCCACUUCCUCGAGGGGCAGCCCAUCAGUGAGUAUGGCACGUUGGUGCCAUCUGUCCUGCAGACCAGCCAGGACAUCUGCUGCGUGGUCUUCGCCAUCUUCAACGUCAUCUGGGCCACCUUCUUCCUCGAGGAGUGGAAGCGCCGUGGGGCUGAGUUCGCCUACAAGUGGGGGACGCUGGACACCCCGGCCGAAUCCAUCGAGGAGCCCCGGCCCCAGUUCAGGGGCAUUAAGAGAAUCAGCCCCGUGACCAGCGCGGAGGAGUUUUACUACCCGCCGUGGAAGCGCCUGCUCUUCCAGUGCCUGGUCAGCCUCCCCGUCUGCCUCACCUGCCUCUCCUUCGUCUUCCUCCUCAUGCUGGGCUGCUUCCAGCUCCAGGAGUUUGUGCUGAGCAUCCAGGAGCUGCCCCGGAUCAUCCGUUUCCUCCCCAAAAUCGUCCUGGCCAUCAUCAUCACCGCCCGCGACCCCGCAUGCCCCCGCCGCGGUCCCUGGCUGCUGUGCUCCCGGCCGGAGGCUGCGCCGGGUCCCCAGCUCCUGCUCCAGCUCACGGUCUCUCUCUGUCUGUCUGUCUGUCCGUCUGUUCUUCUGUCCCUUCCACAGCUCCUGCUCAUCCUCUCUCUCUCCCAAAGCCUCAUGCGUCAGCUCAAAGAGGCUCUCCUUCCCUUCAUCCUCCUCCACUUCCACCUCUGUCUCAUCUUCUUUAAGGGCCUCCUGGGCUUUUGCUGGAGACUGGGAGUAUCCAAAGUAGGAGCCGGGAGGGGAGGGUGCGGGGUGCCGGAGGAAGAGGAGGAGGAGGAAGAGCGGCGUGAGUCGGACUCGGAGGACGAGAGCACCCUGGAUUGCGGGUUGAAGCUGAAGAAGGUGAGCUUCAUUGAGAAGGCGGAGCGGCGCGGCGGGGAGCCCGGCGGCCCCGAGGACGACAGCUUCCUCGAGGAGGGCAGCCCCACCAUGGUGGAGAAGGGCAUGGACCCCGCGUCUGUCUUCGAGCUGUGUGAGGAUGAGGAGGAGGCCGAAGGUCCCCCCGGCAGCCCGGUCAAGGCGGCGGAGCCGGCAGUGGUCCCGCGGGCUGGCCGGAGGAGGCGGGCGGCUGAGAGCCGGGAGAUGGAAGAGGGUGAGGAGGAAGGGCGAAGGCGCAACCGGGCGUCGUGGAUCGACCCGCCGGAGGAGGACUACUCCACGCAGCUGACGCAGGCGGAGGUGGAGAGCUGCAUGAAGAAGUACGAGGACACCUUCCAGGACUACCAGGAGAUGUUCAUCCAGUUCGGCUACGUGGUGCUCUUCUCCUCCGCCUUCCCCCUGGCCGCCAUGUGCGCCCUGGUGAACAACGUCAUCGAGAUCCGGAGCGACGCUUUCAAGCUGUGCACGGGGCUCCAGCGUCCCUUCGGCCAGCGGGUCGAGAGCAUCGGGCAGUGGCAGAAGGUGAUGGAGGCCAUGGGCGUCCUGGCCAUCGUGGUCAACUGCUACCUGAUCGCCCAGUGCGGGCAGCUCCAGCGCCUCUUCCCCUGGCUCAGCCCCGAGGGAGCCAUCAUCUCCGUGGUGGUGCUGGAGCACUUCGCCCUGUUCCUGAAGUACAUCAUCCAAGUGGCCAUCCCCGACAUCCCUGCCUGGGUGGCCGAGGAGAUGGCCAAGCUGGAGUACCAGCGCCGCGAGGCCUUCAAGAAGCACGAGCGGCAGGCGCAGCACCACUUCCAGCAGCAGCAGCGGCGCAAGCGGGAGGAGGAGGAGCGGCAGCGGCAUGCCGAGUACCAGGCCCGCAAGGAGCGCGAGUCCAGCCGCGAUGAGGCCAAGCCCGAGGCCGCCGGGCAGGACCCGGCCCCCGAGAAGAGCCAGAGCAAAGGGAAGGGCUCCGGGGGUUCCUCGCACGGCUCCGACAAGCCCAAGCGACCCAGCUCCCUCCUGGCCACCAACAACGUGAUGAAGCUGAAGCAGAUCAUCCCUUUGCAGGGCAAGUUCCUCUCCGGGGGGGCCGGGGCCGGCAGCACGGCCACCGCCAGGUCCCCCCAGUCGCCCACCGGCAGCGAGAACAAACUCCCUGGCUUCCUCAGCUUCAAGUUCCUGAAAUCCCCCGAGACUAAGCGGGACACGGGGACAGAGAAGGUCCAGUCACCCACCAAGCCAUUCAAUCCCGGCAAGCUCUUCAACUUCGGCAAGUCUGAAGGGGCCGGGGGCAAUGGCGCCGCGGCCACCGCCCCCCCCCAGCCCCCGCCACCCCCCCCGCUGGGACCCACCGCCGCCCUGGCCCCAGCUCCGGCGGGGGGGUCCGGCCGCAUCCUGCACCAAGGACACCUGAGCAAAGCGCCGUUGGCUCACGAGCGGGAGGUGCCCCGGUCCGGCUCUGUGCCGUGA